AAACAUUUUGACAGCGUGUUCUGGCUUUCUGACCACCUUUUUAGUGGUCGAAGUUUUAUUGAAGUGAAUCCAGGUGGCACUUUUACAGAUCACAAUGAUGACCAAACCUUAUGGAAAACCAGGGGAUGUGACUGAGCUAGUCAGCUCUCUUGGAUGGAUGGAGGAAGACCUCAGCUCACAGGAUGGUGACAGGACCCCUGAGAUAGGUCACUAUGCUCUACACAGGAGCAAUCGUGAAGAGCUUGGCAGUGAGGAUAUGGAGGAAGAGGAGGAGGAGGAGGAAGAGGAAGAUAUGGGUCUCGACGGAGAAAAGGCACCCAAGCGAAGAGGUCCUAAAAAGAAGAAAAUGACCAAAGCCAGACAAGAACGAUUCCGUGCCCGCCGCGUCAAGGCCAACGCAAGGGAACGCUCGCGCAUGCAUGGGCUGAAUGAUGCGUUGGAAAGCUUGCGGCGAGUCAUGCCUUGUUACUCAAAGACCCAGAAGCUCUCCAAAAUCGAGACCCUGCGGCUGGCCCGCAACUACAUCUGGGCGCUUUCGGAGGUUCUGGACAGCGGCCAGUCACCCGAGAGUAAUGGUUUUAUGGAGAUGCUUUGCAAGGGGCUUUCGCAACCUACCAGCAAUCUCGUAGCCGGCUGCCUCCAACUUGGGCCCUCGACCAUGGUGCUCAACAAGAUGGAUGAAAAGUGCGGGGUGCCAGGAGCAGGUGGUCCGCAGGGUCACCCCAUUAGCUAUCCCUCGCCGGGACUUCCCAGUCCACCCUACGGCUCGUUGGAGGCCUCACACUUGCUUCAUCUGAAGGGUUUCAAGGGGACUGCCUAUGAGAACUCCUCACCCAACGAAUGUAGCAGCGGCACGCCACCUUACGACGGCCCUCUUACGCCGCCACUCAGCAUCAGCGGCAACUUCGCCCUCAAACAGGAGCCAUCUCCUCAUGAGGCUGAGAGGAACUUUACCCCUCACCCGGCCCACGCCACCCAUUACAUCUCCUCACACCCUUACCCACCCACCUCCUUGGCCGGUCUUCCAGUUCCUCAGGGUCACCCUCUAUUCCCAGGCUCCCGUUACGAGCUUCCUUUAGAGAUGGCUUUCGAGCCGUUUGCCCCUUCGCACAUUGUGACAUCACAGAUGAGCAGCAUUUACAGUGAAUAAACAAAUAUGACCACCAGAGACGCUCAGCAAUUCUGCCUCCUGCUCCUCAGUGCGCCUCCAGGGGCCCAGCACAUUUAAGGAGACACUUUGCAUGUAUCCUGUCUGAUCCCUUAAGAGACCAUAGCGGUCACUGAGAGAGAGAGUUUCUGAAACGCAACCUACCUGUGGCAAUUGAAGUACUGAGAAAGAGAUGCAUAUUUUUUUUGUUAAUUUAUUCUUGUUUU